GUGUAGUGUAUAAUAGGAGGCAGUCUUCAUGGACAAAAGCCAAAAGUUUUGCGCCAAAAGACUGAACCGUCAAACCCGUAGGCCUGAAGUUGGUGAUAGGUUUAGUUGUAGCCUUGUAGGCAUGGGAAGAAAAGUAUUGUUGGUCUAAUAGUAAAACAAGAAGACUUGCCGUUUACAGAAUUUGGCAUUUGCCCAGAUCUGAUUAUUAAUCCUCAUGGAUUAACUGGCCCAACAACAGUGGGAAAGAUGAUAGAGCUUCUUGGGAGGAAAGCCGGUGUCUCUGCGGGUAGGUUGCUUUACGGAACUGCUUUUGGCGAUACCAGUGGGCAUGCAGACACUGCUGAUGAUAUCAGCAAAAUUCUGGCCAUGCACGGUUUCAACUAUCACGGGAAAGACUUUCUUUACUCAGGUUUCAACUAUCAUGAUGAAGACGCUUCCGCACCGCCGCCGCCAAUGCUUCAACACCGCCACCGACGAUGCUCUUGCAGCCCCCCGCAGUCGCAUGCCCUCAGCAUCCUCUCACCGUCGCAGACCUGCAUCUCCCCUCCAUCGCAACCCCUGCAUCCCCCCUUCACUGCAACCCCCUGCAUCCCCCCUAAAUUUGCAAUCCCCUUCAUUGCAAAGAUCUAUUUUCUAGAUUUGGGCCUGGCCAUGCUUAUUGAGGAAAUCCAUGAAAUGCCAAUGCAAGAGAUGGGAACUGAUGAAAAAGAGUAUGCUUAUCACUCUGAUGGUGGAAGCAGCAGGGAUUUAAUUGAUCAAUCUGCCUUAACUCCCAGGGUCUUCCAAAUUCCUGCAUCCAACUCGGUUUCAAUAGAAGUCCCUAAAAAAAACACACUCAAGAGGUUGGGUCCUACCACCAUCAUUGAACCCAUAGUUUCUGCUGACCAGAUUCAUUUCUACAGCAAACAGAUGGGUUUCUCUAAUUUCUUAAGCUCCAAUACUAAUAAAAUAUGGGUUUUUUGGAAUGAAGACACCCUAAAUCUCAACAAGAGCACUCAAGGGGAUCAAUUUCUCAAUUGUGACUUCACAAUUACUGACACUAAGCGGCAUAGCGGGGCUACACCCAGUUCUGCCUACUCAGUAUUCGAAUAUAUUGAGGCUUAAUGUGAAGUUUGUCACUGCAUUUUGGCUUUCCUGAGGGGUAUAGGCAUAGACCCCCCCUCGUGUACUCUUUUCAUGUUUUGGGUAAUAAAGUAUCUCCUUUUAUUUUAUAUACAUACAUAUAUACAUACAUAUAUAUAUAUAUGUAUGUAUGUAUGUAUGUAUGUAUGUAUGUAUGUAUGUAUGUAUGUAUGUAUGUAUGUAUGUAUGUAUGUAUGUAUGUAUGUAUGUAUGUAUGUAUGUAUGUAUAUGUAUAUGUAU